CUCCCGGCCCCAGCCGCUGCCGGUCGCUGCCCGAGCCGCCGCCGCCUCUCCGCGUCCUCGUCCUCCCCAACCAUCCAUCCUCCUCGCCCGGCCGCACUAUGGAGGGUUACCACAAGCCCGACCAGCAGAAGCUGCAGGCCCUGAAGGAUACGGCCAACCGACUGCGUAUCAGCUCCAUCCAGGCCACCACGGCGGCGGGCUCGGGCCACCCCACAUCAUGCUGCAGUGCCGCCGAGAUCAUGGCUGUCCUCUUUUUCCACACCAUGCGUUACAAGGCCCAGGACCCCCGGAACCCCAACAACGACCGCUUCGUGCUCUCCAAGGGCCAUGCAGCGCCCAUCCUGUACGCGGUCUGGGCUGAGGCUGGCUUCCUGCCCGAGGCAGAGCUGCUAAACCUGCGGAAAAUCACCUCAGACCUGGAUGGACACCCCGUCCCGAAACAAGCUUUCACCGAUGUGGCCACUGGCUCCCUGGGCCAGGGCCUUGGGGCUGCCUGCGGAAUGGCCUACACUGGCAAAUACUUCGACAAAGCCAGCUACCGCGUCUACUGCUUGCUGGGAGAUGGGGAGCUGGCAGAGGGCUCCGUGUGGGAGGCCAUGGCCUUUGCGGCCAUCUACAAGCUAGAUAACCUUGUCGCCAUCCUUGAUAUCAACCGCCUGGGCCAGAGCGAACCGACCCCACUGCAGCACCAGGUGGAUGUCUACCAGAAGCGCUGCGAGUCCUUCGGCUGGCACGCCAUCAUCGUGGACGGACACAGCGUGGAGGAGCUGUGUAAAGCCUUUGGGCAGGCCAAGCACCAGCCGACAGCCAUCAUCGCCAAGACCUUCAAGGGCCGAGGAAUUAUGGAGGCAGAAGAUAAGGAGUCUUGGCAUGGGAAGCCCCUACCCAAAAACAUGGCUGAGCAGACCAUCCAGGAAAUCUACAGCCUGAUCCAGAGCAAGAAGAAGAUCCUGGCGACUCCCCCCCAGGAGGAUGCCCCCUCAGUGGACAUCACCAACAUCCGCAUGCCCACGCCUCCCAGCUACAAAGUUGGGGACAAGAUAGCCACCCGCAAAGCCUAUGGGCAGGCCCUGGCCAAGCUAGGCCACGCCAGCGACCGCAUCAUCGCGCUAGACGGGGACACGAAGAAUUCUACCUUCUCAGAGCUUUUCAAAAAGGAGCACCCAGACCGCUUCAUUGAGUGCUACAUUGCCGAGCAGAACAUGGUAAGCAUCGCUGUGGGCUGCGCCACACGCAGCCGGACAGUGCCCUUCUGCAGCACUUUUGCAGCCUUCUUCACUCGGGCCUUCGACCAGAUUCGCAUGGCAGCCAUCUCCGAGAGCAACAUCAACCUCUGCGGUUCUCACUGCGGCGUGUCCAUUGGGGAAGACGGGCCCUCUCAGAUGGCUCUGGAAGACCUGGCCAUGUUCCGGUCAGUCCCCAUGUCAACUGUCUUUUACCCAAGUGAUGGAGUUUCUACAGAGAAGGCGGUGGAAUUAGCAGCCAAUACAAAGGGGAUCUGCUUCAUCCGGACCAGCCGCCCGGAAACUGCCACCAUCUACAACAACAAUGAGGAUUUCCAGAUCGGACAAGCCAAGGUAGUCCUGAAGAGCAAGGAUGACCAGGUGACUGUGAUCGGAGCUGGGGUGACCCUGCAUGAGGCCUUGGCUGCUGCUGACCUGCUGAAGAAAGACAAGAUCAGCAUCCGUGUGUUGGACCCCUUCACCAUCAAGCCCCUGGAUAGAAAACUCAUUCUUGACAGCGCCCGCGCCACCAAGGGCAGGAUCCUCACGGUGGAGGACCAUUAUUAUGAAGGUGGCAUAGGUGAGGCAGUGUGUGCUGCUGUCGUGGGCGAGCCUCGCGUCACUGUCACCCGCCUGGCUGUCAGCCACGUACCAAGAAGUGGAAAGCCGAUUGAGCUGCUGAAGAUGUUUGGCAUUGACAAGGAUGCCAUUGCUCAAGCUGUGAGGGGCCUGGUCACCAAGGCCUAGGGGGAGUUAUGGGCACGGGGUGGGGGUUCUACACAUUCCUGAGAGUUGCUGGCAAAGGUGCUCAAAGAUGUACUAAGAGGAGUGGUAAAUAUAUGUUUUGAGAAAAGUGAA